CGGGGGGGCUCCGCGGCCGUGCGAGGGCGGCGGCGGCGGCCGGUGCCGGUGCAUGUCCCGGUGGCCGUCCCGGUGCCGGUGCCCGCGGGCCAUGCGGCGGCCGUAGCCAUGCAGCGCGACGGGGAUGCGGCGGCGGCGGCCGCGGCCUCGUACCGGGUGCUCAGCCGGCUGCUGGGCUAUGGCCCCGGGCCGGAGGCGGGCGCGGCGGGCGGGGCCGGGGCCGGGGCCGGCGCGGCGGGCGCGGUGCCCGGCGCGGGCGGGCGGCUGUCGGUGCCCGGCGGGCCGCGGCCGCAGCUGAUGGUUUUCCGCAACGCGGCGGCCGAGGGGCGGCCCGGCGAGGACGGCGGCCCGGCGGCGGCGGCGGCCCCGGCGGUGGCAGGGGGGGUCCCCGGGGGCGGCGGGGCCGAGCUGUGCCCGCGGCACCGCUGCGCGCUGGAGCCCAAGGCGGCGGCGGCGGCGGCGGUGUCGGGCUGGGGGGCGGCGCAGGGGGGGCUGGAGCUGCAGCUGGCGGCGCUGGGGCUGCGGCCGCCGCCGGGGCUGGGGGCGAAGGGGGCGGCGGGACCCCCCUGCCCGUGCCUGGGGCCGCCCGCCGGGGAGGAGACGAGCGAUGCGCUGCUGGUGCUGGAGGCGCUGGAGCCCGACGAGGCGGGCAGCGGCUCCGAGGACGAGCCGGGGUCCCCCGGGCGCGGGGCCGCCCGCAGAGCAGCCCCCGGCCCCGCGCCGCAGCCCGCGGCCCCCGCGGGCACCGGGGCCGGCCCCGGCGGCAGGAAGGGCUCGCUCAGGAUCCGCCUCAGCCGCCUCUUCCGCACCAAGAGCUGCAGCGGGGGCUCGGCCGCCGGGGAUGCCGCCGGCGCCGCCGCCACCUCGGCCGGGAGCCUCACCGACGUGUGCGGGGCCCGCGGACGGGAGCAGGAGACGGGCAGGAAACACAGACUGACAAGAACUCAAAGUGCCUUUUCCCCGGUUGUGUUCAGCCCCCUCUUCACAGGUGAGACGGUGUCACUGGUGGACGUGGACAUCUCCCAGCGAGGACUGACCUCCCCCCACCCUCCGACCCCUCCCCCUCCCCCCCGGAGGAGCCUCAGCCUGCUCGAUGAUAUCAGUGGGACGCUGCCUCCAUCUGUCCUAGUGGGUCCCAUGGGCUCUUCCCUGCAGUCUUUCCCUCUGCCUCCGCCUCCUCCGCCCCACGCCCCAGAUGCCUUUCCCAGGAUUGUCCCAGUGCGGCCUCCGGAGGGGGGGGUGGCCCAGCCCAUCCCACACCUGCAGUGUCCCCUCUCCCGACCCGAUUCCAGCAGCUUCGCCGCCAGCCUGAGGGAGCUGGAGAAGUGUGGGUGGUACUGGGGCCCCAUGAACUGGGAGGACGCCGAGAUGAAGCUGAAGGGGAAACCCGACGGGUCCUUCCUGGUGCGGGACAGCUCCGACCCCCGGUACAUCCUGAGCCUGAGCUUCAGGUCCCAGGGCAUCACCCACCACACCAGGAUGGAGCACUACAGAGGGACCUUCAGCCUGUGGUGCCACCCCAAGUUCGAGGACCGGUGCCAGUCGGUGGUGGAGUUCAUCAAGAGGGCCAUCAUGCACUCCAAAAACGGGAAAUUCCUCUACUUCCUGCGCUCCAGGGUCCCAGGUCUCCCUCCAACGCCCGUCCAGCUCCUGUAUCCCGUCUCCAGGUUCAGCAACGUCAAAUCCCUUCAGCACCUUUGCCGCUUUCGCAUCCGGCAGCUGGUCCGGAUCGACCACAUUCCCGAGCUCCCGCUGCCCAAGCCCCUGAUCUCCUACAUCCGCAAGUUCUACUACUACGACCCCCAGGAGGAGGUUUACCUGUCCCUGAAGGAGGCCCAGCUCAUCUCCAGACAGACCCAGGAGCCGGAAUCCUCCACGUAGCGGAGCCGCCUCGCCCGUGCUCCCGGCACUGAUGGAAUUUGGUUGUUGCCAUCCCGCAGCCCGAGCCAGGCCGUGGUGGGAAGGAGCCCCCCACACUCCCCUGCUGCUGCUCCUGCUCUCCAGCCCUUUUGUACAGAGAAGAGGGGGCCAAGAUUCCCGAGAAGCCCAGCAGAGCAGGAAUCCAGAGCCUUGGCUCCUGGGAAAAGGCGUCUCGGAGGCGGCCGAGCCUCCCGGCAGGACAAGGAAUGUCACGGCACUAUUUACAAAGUUUGGGGAAAGUUUUAUUUUUCUUUCAGGUUUUUUGUUUUCAAAAAGCAUGAGAAAGUGACUUGCGUGGUGACGACCCUGCCUUGGAAAACUGGGAGGUGGGGAAGGAGAUGGAGGGAGGAGGGGACACUCCCUGGGAAGAUCCGUCUGCUCCGAGGUGUCGUGGUGGGAUUGUCCUUUGAUCCCCACGGAGAGGGGAGGAUGCAGCUUGGGGAGCUGCUGGAGGCAAACUGAGCCAGGAGGAUCUGCAGCUCCGUGGAAUAACCUCUGGGAAUAACCUUGGAGCUCCCCAGGAUCCGGGAGGAGGGAGCCAAACCCAGCCCUGGGAAGCUGAGCUUUGCAGCUGGAUUUGCGGGAUGGUCCCACGGGAGGUUGGACCCGGGGAAGGAGGAGUGUUUGAGCUGUUGGAAUGUCCUGGAUCCCGAGGGAAUGGUUGGUGCUGCUCCUCUGAGGAAGGGCCAUUCCCUGAGAAAACACUGGAAGAUCCCCCCUGAGCCCCCUGGGAAGUGGAAGGAAGGUGGAGAAGCUGGAACUGUUGGAGCUGCCUGAGGAGCAAAGGUACUUCCUGCAGAGCCAUGGGAUGUGCACUUCCAGCCCCUCUCUGGCUGAUUCCAGAAGCUGGGAAUGAAGUGGCUUCCUUUGGAGCUGCCAAGGAUCCCGAGGAGGAGCUGCUGGGGGUGACUGGGAGCAAGGAGCAGCUCCCUGAGGGUUCUCUGGGACAGCAUCUGCCCUCUGGGAGCUCCUUCCCUCCCUGGGACAUCCAUGGAUCCACGGCAAAGCUGGGAGAGGUGGUGGCUCUUGCACAAAUAACACCCCCCCCCCCUUCAAAUCCUGGUCUGCUGCUUCAUCCCCUGCAGCCCCUGAGCAGGAACUUCCUGGAUGUUGGAGCUCCGAGCGAUGCUGGGAAUUCUGGAGAAGCCUCUUCAUCCCUGUAUUUAAAGGAGCGAGUUCCUGCACUCUAAAUCCAAGGAAUUGCUCCAUCCUGUGGGGCCUGUGGAUCAGGAUGGGUGCCCUGUGAGUGCCCUGUGAGCUGCCAGGACCUUGGGCUCUCCCUGCAGGAUGAUCCCUGUCCUUGAAUUCCACGUUGGAUUUUAAGGCAGCCCGGAAAAAUCCCGCCGGCCCCCAAAGGUGCUACAGAUCCUGCCCUCCCUGUCCUGCCCGUCCCCUCCUGGACCCUGGGAGGGCUCACGUGCUCUGGAAAGAAAGGAUUUGGCUUCCAGAUCCACGGAAAUACCUCAUGGGACGCUGCUCCAUCCCGGCUGUGGGAGGGGAAGAGCUUCCCAAGAGCCAGGCUUGGGAAUGGGGGGUCCAGCUCCAUGGCCAGGCUUCUCCCCAGGAAGAGACCCCUGGGAGCAGGAUCCAUGGCAUGGCUGGGGUGUGUGGGAUGCAGGGAACAGGGAAGCUGGAGAAGCUCCUGCUCCCCCCAGUGUGUCAGUGACAACAUUCCCACUCCUUCCUUCCCUGUCCCGGGAUGGAGAGGUGCAGGCUGGGCUUGGGAAGGGGGAAGGAGCCAACCUGGAGGGCAGAGCAGGGAAGGGGGGUGCUGGGUGGGCACUGGGAGGGGGUGCUGGGCUUGUUUUGGGGUCAAAACGCACAACCCUGGUGGGUCAGGAGAGAUUUCCUGCAGUGCCCCAUCCCUGCAUCCCACCCCAUCCCUGCGUCCCACCCCAUCCCUGCAUCCCACCCCAUCCCCUGUCCCACCCCAUCCCUGCAUCCCACCCCAUCCCACCCCAUCCCCACAUCCCACCCCAUCCCACCCCAUCCCCACAUCCCAUCCCCACAUCCCACCCCAUCCCACCCCAUCCCACUCCAUCCCCACAUCCCACCCCAUCCCACCCCAUCCCCACAUCCCACCCCAUCCCCACAUCCCACCCCAUCCCCACAUCCCACUCCAUCCCACCCUAUCCCCACAUCCCACCCCAUCCCCGUGUCCCCCCAGAGCUCCCCCUGAGGGAGCACGAGGUGGUUCCACACCUUCCAGAGCCGUUGGAGCAGCCGGACUUCGGGGCCAAUACUUGAAUUCCAUGUUUUCUGGUCGGCUGUUGGUGUCCCUGUGGGAUUUAUCCCAACAGCCUGAUGGUGCUCCUGCUGUUACUUGAACCCUGAGCGUGGUGGGGCAGGGGGGCAGCUCUUCCCAAAUUUGGGCCAGGGGGUCAGCUCUUCCCAAAUUUGGACCAGGGGGGCAGCUCUUCCCAAAUUUGGGCCAGGGGGGAGGUUUUGGGUCUGAAAUGACGGAGGAGACGUGCUGGGAGGUGUUGGACAGGGGAUGGCGAGGGGUGGGAUAGGGAUGAGACCCCUCCCAAGGAUCCGUGGAGGUGGCAGAUGCUCCUCAGCAUUCCCAGGGCUCUGCUCCACCUCUCCUUGCUCCGAGCCAGGCGGGAAAGCUGGAGCAGGUCAGUGCCAGCCCCAGCCCGUGGCUGGUGGUGCUGGCUGAGAUCCCAAGGUUAACUGUAGUUAACAGCCUUCUCCUGAAAUCCAUGGAAAACAAAGCUGUUCCUGCACGGGGAGGUGUGAGGGGAGUGAGGGGUUUGAUCCAUGUGGGGCUGGGAAUGAGCCAGAGGGUUUGAUCCGGGGCUGGAAGUGAGGGGGGGGCUCUGUGGGAACAUCUCCAGGGGGUGCCUGGGCCCUGCCUUCCCAACGAUCCCAGUUUGGGGAAUGGACCCCUGGGGCUGUGUUAUCCUGCCUGGAAUGUUCUGGAGGCUGCUCCCAUCCUGCUGAUCCGGGGAAAAACAUUUUAUCACCACCCUUUAUCCAACCUUGAAUUGUGCAGAGGUGCUUGUCCUGCUCCCGGAGCCGGGAAAUGGACCAUGAAACCCACUGGAGCGCAGGAAUUGUCCAUGGAAAAGCUCCUUUCUGUGCUUUUCCAGCUGGGUGGGGGCAGCCCUCAGCCCUGUGCUCAGCUUGGCAGCUUCCCCCUCUUCUCCCAACACCCUAUUUCGAGGUGGGGAAUGACCUUCCUCCCUCCAGCAGCGAGAAAAUUGGGAUAAACCAGGGAAGUUUUCUCACAUGGAAGUUUCCAGCUCGGCUUCCACCUCCUUGGGGCCAAAAAAAAAAAAGAGAAAAGGGUGGAAAAAUUCAUCCCUGGCUUGAGUUGGGUUGGGGUUUGCAACUGGAUUUGCAGGAUUGGUCCUGUAUGGGAACCACCUGGGCUGCUCCUGCGGUUGGGAAUGGGUGGAUUUGGAAGCUCCAGGUGUGGUGUUGCCAGAUUUUAAUCCCUAAAAGCGUUUUUUUGAACCCCUGAAAGUGGUUUUAGCAGCGACCCUGUGAGGCUGUGCCGCAGGUGGUGGUUGGGGGGCUCAAAUCCCAGGAGUGUUCUGGGGAGAAAAACCUCUGAAAAGUGGGAUUUGCUGAAGGAAGGGCCUUGCCUGCUCCCAGGAGGAAGGGAACUGGCCCUUUUCCUUCAUUCCUUGCAGUUAAAAAUCUGUCCUUGGGAUGGUUUUAACCCUUCAAAUUGACCAUCAGGGCUGAGGGUUUAGGGGGGGCCCACCUGGAUACCUUCCCAAUCCCCUUGGCUUUUGGGAAUGGAGGGAUUUAUCCACCUUCCAGACCUCUUUAGCUUUGGGAAUGCAGGGAUUUAUCCACCUUCCAGACCUCUUUUAGCUUUUGGGAACAGAGGGAUUUAUCCACCUUCCAGACCUCUUUUAGCUUUGGGAAUGCAGGGAUUUAUGCACUUUUCCAAUCUCAAUCUCCUUGGCUUUUGGGGAUAUAAGGGAUUUAUCCACCUUCCAAAUCCCCCUUGGUUUUGGGAACGGAGAGAUUUAUCCACCUCUCCAAACCCUCCUUGGCUUUUGGGGACAGAGGGAUUUAUCCACCUCUCCAAACCCUCCUUGGCUUUUGGGGACAGAGGGAUUUAUCCACUUUUCCAGCCCCUUUUACUCUGGGAAUGGAGGGAUUUAUCCACAUGCUCCGAGCAGGCCCCUCACUCCUCAUCCAGAGUCUUCCAGGUGAGGUGGGGCAGGUGGGAACCCCCUUCCCAAACAUCCCUUGGGAUCAGGGGGGGUCCUGGCAGCGCUGCCUCCAACUGUGCCUCCAGCUGAACAAGCACAACUGGUGCCCAGUAACACACUGGGGAGCUCCCAGUGCUCCCCCCACCCCAUCCAGGGCUUCAAUCCCCCCAAAAAAUAGGAUUUACACUGGAUCCAGCCUUGCCUUUAGAGAGGGAAUGAGCAGAUUUUGGCAGCUCCAAGGGCAGGAGCUGUGGAACCACCUUUGGGCAGAACAACAACAACAAAAAAAAUGCAGCUUUGCUUAAUUUUAUCUUUAUUUCCCCACCCCCCCUCCUCGUUUUUAAUUUUUUUUUUUUUUUGGUGUGUGCUUAAUUUAUUAAAAUAGUUGCUGUAUAAUUUAUUUUCGUAAACUAUAUUAAAAAGUUACUAAAUGGUUUAAAAACAAAACAAAACAAUGAAAACAAACAAAAAAAGAAAAACCAAA